GCUAAUAAAUCGUAAGCAUGGUGAUUUCUCUCGCAAUUCUCUUGUGAGUUCCUCCUGUUGCUUUCGGCAGUUGAAUUCUAGGCGAUUUUCAUGAGCACCAUGGGCGGUAAUAUUGGCACUAGAACACGCCAUAAGAGGCCAUUGCGUAGGGGUAGACGUCAAUCAGCUAGAAGAGGCAUUCUGCUUGAUGACGACGCUAGUAGUGAUAUGGGCAAUUUUCAGGGUGCACCCAAGACUCUUGAUGCUUACUUCAGAGAGUUGUCUGACAAAAGGGCAAAGAGAGAGCAAGCUCUGUCACCAAUUCUCGAGGCUUUAACUGACAACAUAGAGCAAAAUUUUGUAGAAGAGAACUUUGUAACGCUGCUGUAUCACUGCCUGCAUUGCCUUAAAAAGGGUUCUGCUAAGGAGAUGCAGCAAGCAGCACAUAUUAUUGGAUUGCUGGCAAUGAUUACUAGUUGUGUUGACCAUGCACACGAAGCGUAUGAAGAUGUACUGACUGCACUUUCCCAGCAACGUAAAUCUAAGCUUAAGACCUUGAAGAUUCUUGACUGCUUGGCUGUUGUUACCUUUUUUGGUGCAAGCAACUCAGAUGAGACUGAACAAGCAAUGCAGUUAAUAUGGAACUUCAUUCACCCUGAAUCUCAUUCUAAUAUGGAAAGGAAGCAUUCACCAGAUGUUUUAACAGCUGCAAUAUCUGCUUGGUCCUUUCUUCUCACUACCAUUGAUGGAUGGAGGCUGAGUUACAAAAACUGGCAAGGGGCAAUUCCAUACUUCUCAAACCUACUGGACAACAAUGAUGAAGCAUUAUGUGCAGCAGCUAGCGAGGCUCUUGCUUUGAUCUUUGAAACCAACUGUCUGGAGAAGUUCUCAACUGAAGCUAAGGAUUCUCAUGGCUCAAUUUAUGAAGGUGGUACAUCCGUUAAGAUAUAUUUAACAAAGGAAGAAUUGAAGGACAAUAUUAUAAAGCAACUCAGAAGCCAGUCCACCAAAGCAAGUAACGAAAAUAUUCCUGUUCAAGAUGCAAGAAACGGGUUUGAUGCUAUCUCAGCUGCUUUAAAGUUUUUGGAGGAGAACUGUCCAAAUACCUGUGUGACAAUAGGGGGGCAGGAACUCAUGUUAUCAAAAUGGUCUCAGAAAAUACAGCUAAAGUUUGUGAAGCAUUUUCUAGGAAAAAAUGGAUUUGUAAAGCAUAUGAUGCAAAAUGAAAACUUCCAUAAUGUCUUUGAGUUUAUGCCGAAAAAAAGGAAUUCUUUAAGCAGCAUAAUAUAUGAACCAGAAAGAGAAGAGGUCACUGUUCGUUUUUUCCAACCUCCCGUUGUGAGAUGCCAGGAUUCCUCUCUGCUACCAUUCAUAAGCAGAGAAGAAAGGCAGUUACAAAAGAAAAUGACCAUGUCACCCAAUUCAUGCUUGAGCAAGGCAAGAACUCAGUUACUGAACAAGCAGCGACUGUUAUCACAGGGGGGGAGACUUAGAGAGAGUGCUUGCUUUGCUGUUGCGGAUGAAAAUUAGGUAGAGAAGAGAAGAGCUGUUGAAGUGCACCUGACUCAAUGCUCAGAUUGACAACAAAAUUUAUUUUUAGCUUAGUUUUUAUUUAUGUCUUGCAAUUUUUUUGUUAUCAUAGCUUUGAUUAGACAACCAUCAUUGUGAUACUUGUUUAAGAAGC